AUGUCCACUAAAACUGUCUUACUUACCGGUGCUUCAGGGUUCAUUGCCUUACACGUAUUGAACGAGCUUUUAAAGAGAAAUUAUAAUGUCAUUGGUACUGUUAGAUCUCAAGAAAAAGGUGAUAACAUUAAAGCUCAAUUCAAGAAGGAAUAUCCAAAUGCUCAAUUAAGUUUUUCCAUUGUUGAAGAGAUUAGUGCUCCAGGUGCUUUUAAUAAAGUUUUCCAAGAGCAUCCUGAAAUUGAAGAAGUUAUACAUACAGCUUCGCCAUUCUCUUUUGGCUUGAAUAAAGAUUUCAAAGAUGCUUACUUUAUUCCAGCUACUGAAGGGACCAGAAACGUCUUGGAAGCUAUCCAGUCCUAUGGUAAAAAUGUUAAAAAUGUUGUUGUAACAUCCUCAUUUGCAACGGUGGUCAAUGUUAACAAGGUUGGUGAUAAGACUUUCAUUCAUACUGAAAAAACAUGGAAUCCAAUUACUUGGGAUCACGUUGAUAAUGAAUUUAAAGCUUAUAUGGCUUCUAAGAAAUAUGCUGAAAAGCUUGCUAGAAAUUUUGUUGAUGAACAAAAGCCAUCUUGGACAUUAACAACUGUCCAUCCACCAUUAGUUUUGGGACCUCAAAAGUUUGAGUCAUCAUUAGCAAAUACAACUUUGAAUACAUCAGCUGAAACUAUCAACAAACUAUUAGCAUCUGAUCCAAGUGACACACAUUUCUUUGAUAAACCAAUUGGUACUACUGCCGAUGUUCGUGAUGUUGCUUUACUUCAUGUCUUACCAUUAGAGAAUGAAAAUGCAUCUGGAAAGAGAUUAAUUACUAUUCAAGCUAAAUAUAAUGGUCAAAAGAUCUUGAAUAUCAUCAAUGGAAAUUUCCCUGAAUUGAAUGGUAAGAUUGCUAAAGGAUCCCCAGAUGGUGCUGAUGAACAUGCUGAAGAAAAUUCCAUUUAUUAUGAUAUUUCAAAAACUUUGGAAUGGACUGGUAUUAAAUCCUGGACCACUUUAGAAGAAACUGUUAAAGAUUCUGUUAGACAAAUUUUGGAUUAUAGAUCCAGACACUGA